CUGAGAAGAGGACCCAGAAUGACAGAGCCUGGAGAGGCAGUAGGGAACAGGGCACUUGGGUGGGGUGGAUUCUGAUCUAAGGAGGGAAAAUGUGCAAUGCCAACAGGUCUAUAGGUGCCUAAGCUCCUGAGCAUCCUUACAUAGACAUGGCUGACCAUCAAAACAAUGCUUUGAGGAUCGUUCUGGUAGGGAAGACUGGAAGUGGGAAAAGUGCAACAGCAAACACCAUCCUUGGGGACAAAGUCUUCCAGUCUGGAAUAAGUGCCCAAUCCCUUACCAAGAGAUGUCAAAAAGCAACCAGGGAUUGGAAGGGGAGAGAACUCCUUGUUGUUGACACCCCAGGGCUCUUUGAUACCAAGGAAGGCCUGCCUACCACCUGCAAGGAAAUCUGCAAGUGUGUCCUCUUCUCCUGCCCAGGGCCUCACGCAUUUCUCAUGGUUAUACCCGUGGGCCGCUACACGGUAUUAGAACAGCAAACUGUUGAACUGAUCAAGGCCACCUUUGGGAAUUCAGUAACAAAACACAUGGUCAUCGUGUUCACCCGCAGAGAGGAUCUGGAGGACAGUAAACUAGAUGACUAUAUAGCAAAUGCACAUGUGAGUCUAAAAAGCUUCAUCCACGAGUGCGGGGGCCGCUGCUACGCCAUUAGCAACAGAGCAAACAAGGCCGAGAAGGAGGGUCAGGUGCAGGAGCUGAUGGAGCUGAUAGAGAGGAUGGUUCUGGAAAAUGCAAGGGGAUAUUUUUCUGAGAAAAUAUACAAGGACAUAGAGGAAAGACUGAAACAAAAGGCCGACAUUUUGAAGAAAAUUUAUGCUGAUCAGUUAAGGAAUGAAAUUAAACUUAUAGAAAAUGAUGGUAGUCUUAAAUCAGAGGAAGAAAAAGCUGAAAAAAUACAAGAGGCAAACAAAAGAUAUGAUGAAAAAAUGAAAAAUAUAAUGGAAGAAGCUGGACAGAAUAUAUUUGAAUAUGUCUUCAGUUUGGUUAAGAACACCCUUGGGAAAAUAUGGCAUAGAUUGUGGAAGUAAAUUUCAUUCUUUCUCUUUAAUUUGCUGUGAUUUGUUAAAUGAUAGAUCAUAUUUUCCAAAAUUGCUGUUAUAAUACCUCCCCUACACACAAAAUUUAAAAGGUAAAAUUUAAAAACAAUUAUUCUGUCUAUUUUGCUUUACAAUAUUAUGUAUAUGAGGGCUGGUGUUGUGGCACAGUAGGUUAAUCCUCCGCCCACGGCACCAGCAUUCUAUAUGGGCGCCAGUUCUAUUACCGGCUGCUCCUCUUCCAAUCCAGCUCUCUGCUGUGGCCUGGGAAAGCAGAAGAAGAUGGCCCAGGUCCUUGGGCCCCUGCACCCACGUGGUGGACUGGGCAGAAGCACCUGGCUCCUGGCUUCGGAUCGGCGCAGCUCCGGCCAUUGUGGCCAUUUGAAGAGUGAACCAGCGGAAGACCUUUCUCUCUCUCUCUCUCCCUCUCUCUCUCAUCCAAAUGAAUAAGUCUAUCUUUAAAAAUAUAUUAUGUAUAUGAAUACAUCAUAAAAUGAUUAAAUCAAAAUCAUUGCUAUAUACUUU